UAUGCCUGAAGUGCGAUUUGCAGGAGAGGUUGCUCGACCCAGCUCUACUUCCCGGCACGGCUGACGGCACAGGGAGAGCGGCAGAUUUGAAUUCACCCUGCCAGAUGGCAGCCUGGCCAGCUACAGCGCUGUACAGACUCCAGGUUGUAAAGGCUCUGAAGUCGGAAGGGGUCUGUGAGUCCGUACUGUAUGGCCUGCCCUUCAUCCUCAAGCCCACAAGCUGCUGGCAGCUAGACUGGGACGAACUGGAGAUAAACCAGCAGAGAUUCCAUGCUUUAUGUCAUAGUCUUCUGAAAAGGAAGUGGAUGCUUUUGGCUAAACACGAGCCGCAGAACACUAGUCCAAGCUGGAACAUCACGGUGCAUUCCUACUACGUCGUUGUCCCUUCCGACUCUGCCACUCUACUCGUCAAAGCAGUUGCCAUCAGAGAACUCCUGCUGCCCUCAACCUUCCCAGCCCUCCUUGCUGAACACCCGGAGGGAGCGUACGGCCCUAUAGAGAGUGCCCUGAACAGCUUGGAGGUGGAAGUUGCCUACAACCCCUUGCACCUAAAAAGCAACCUCUACAAAUACUUGAAGAGUAUGUUGUACAAAUCUCUGCACAGGCCGCAGGCCCAGCCCAGGGACCAGCGACCCGAGCGGCACCAACCCAAGCAGCAUCAGGGCAGAGCCAAGGCCAUGGUGGCACCUCUUCUGAUGGCUUCUUCCCCUGUCCAAGUGUUCCAACCAGCAGCAGCGAGGAGAGAUUCCUGCGAGCGCUCCCUGCCCCCCAGAGAGCACGAUGACUUCCUGCAGUGA